CCUAGAAAAACUAACAACCACCUAAUCAACUUUUUUCUCCUAUAUCCUCUUCUUUCCCCUCCUAAGCAAGGAAGGGCAGGGAUAAAAUCCGCCUCAGAGGGCUCUUCUCGUUCUCUUUUACAUUCCAAAGCCAACAAAACAAAAAACUCACUAACCCUAACCUUACCCCCACCCUUUUGAAAUGAACUUCAAACCCUGGCUCUCUUUCCUCCUCUUGGCCCUGGCCCUGGCCAUGGUGGCUGAGGCUUCUAGUGUUCAUCAUGAAUAUGGCUUCCAUGUUAAUGCUGUGGUCCAUGAUCUCAUUGGAGAUGACAAUGAGAUGUUGCUAGAUUCCGAAUCCAAUCGCCGAACCCUCACCGGGCGACAACGGUACAUUAGCUAUGGUGCCCUAAAUGCCAACAAUGUGCCAUGUGGUAACCGUGGAAGAUCCUACUACAAUUGCCAGCAGAGGGGUCGUGCCAACCCUUACAAUCGUGGUUGCACUAAAAUCACACAUUGUGCUAGAGACACCAGCUAGAUGAACAAGUCAUGAAGCUGGAGAGGGAAAUAUAUAUGAUAUAUAAUUAUAUGUUAUAUAAUAAAGUAUUAAUUGUGGUUCUAGAAUAACUUACGUGAGUUCUUGCCACACUUUUCUACAUAAGCCUCCCAUUGAACAGAUUUUAUUUUAAUUUGUUGGGGGAGGUUAUUUAAUUAAUUUUUUAUUCAAUUUUCGAGUGUUUGUGAUGCUAAUGUUAUAUGGGGACUAAUUAAUUGGUCUCUCUCUCUCUAUAUAUAUUUUUGGUAUGUGAUCCGUGUACAA